AUGGCUAAUGGGAAGUCCUUAAACCAUGAACUUUCUGAAGUUUUCAGUGAGCUGUGGGAUAUGGAUGUUAACCGCUUCACGCCUGGGAAAGACUACACGAUCGAGCUGCAGGGAAAAGCAGGUGACGGUGCUACCCAAGAUGGUGCAGCCAGACAUCUGUUUCACCACGUGAAUGAGGAACGCAUGAAGAGCAUAAAAACUUUUGCGACCUUUAUUUCCUUAUUGGACAACUAUGAGACAUCAACUGGUGUAGCAGAAGUAGUGACUCCAGAAGAAAUAGCUGAAAACAAUCAUUUUCUUGAUGCUAUCUUAGAAACUGAAGUCAUGAAACUAGCUCAUCAGUAUCUGGUUAAAAAAAACGUGGCAGAGGCAAACCUUACAGAUUUCAAAUCCCAGCUCUAUGACAUCUGGUUUCAGCUCUACGCCAGAAAAGAAGGCGGCAG